UUCAGAAUGGAGGGCAUUUUCCCAACCACUUCAGACCCUCUUCUCCCCACAGAACCCAUCCUGGAGCAGCCCUCUGGGACCCAAGCAUCAAGGCCCCAUUCCCCCUUCCAGAGAUGAGCUUCCUAGAGCAAGGAAAUAGCACUUCAUGGUCAUCACUGGCCAUGACCACCAGCUCAAAAAGGAGUCGUGGGAAACGGGGGGCCAAGGCCUCAAGAUGGACAAGGCAGGAGGCUGUGGAGGAAGACGAGCUGCCAGGCCUGGGGGAAGAUGAAGGUCCCCAAUCCAGGCCAGCUACUGAGUCCAUUGGGCUGGAGGCCACAUUCCCCAAGGAAACACCCUUGGCCCAGGCUGCUCCUUUGGCUGGGGUGGACAACCCACUAACAGAGUGGGAUAUCCCCCCCACUGAGUGUACAGCCUCAGCUGCUAGCUCCAGCACAGACCAUCUGGAACUGGGCAAAGAGUCGUCAGUCCCAGCAGCCUGCAGGUACGAGCUUGGCCUGGUGGAGGAGAGGCCUGCUCCAUGCCCGUCCCCUCAGGCCCCGUUACCGAGGCAGGGCUGGGACGACGAGCUGCAGAAGCCGGAGGCCCAGGUCUACAUGCACUUCAUGCAGAAGCACACCUGCUACGAUGCCAUGGCAACCAGCUCCAAGCUGGUCAUCUUCGACACCACGCUGGAGAUCAAAAAGGCCUUCUUUGCCCUGGUGGCCAAUGGUGUCCGUGCAGCCCCUCUGUGGGACAGCAAGAAGCAGAGCUUUGUGGGGAUGCUGACCAUCACGGACUUCAUCCUGGUGCUGCAUCGCUAUUACAGGUCCCCCCUGGUGCAGAUCUAUGAGAUUGAAGAACAUAAGAUUGAGACGUGGAGGGAGAUCUACCUUCAAGGCUCCUUCAAGCCUCUGGUCUCGAUCUCUCCUAACGACAGCCUGUUUGACGCCGUGUACACCCUCAUCAAGAACCGGAUCCACCGCCUGCCUGUCCUGGACCCGGUCUCAGGCGACGUUCUCCAUAUCAUCACACACAAGCGGCUCCUCAAGUUCCUGCACAUCUUUGGCGCCCUGCUGCCGCGGCCUUCCUUCCUCUCCCGAACCAUCCAAGAUUUGGGCAUCGGCACAUUCCGAGACGUGGCUGUGGUGCUGGAAACGGCACCCAUCCUGACAGCUCUGGAAAUCUUUGUGGACCGGCGCGUGUCUGCUCUGCCUGUGCUCAACGAAGCUGGUCAGGUCGUGGGCCUCUACUCCCGCUUCGAUGUGGUGCACCUGGCUGCCCAGCAAACCUACAACCACCUAGACAUGAGCGUGGGAGAAGCGCUGAGGCAGAGGACACUGUGUCUGGAGGGCGUCCUUUCCUGCCUGCCUGAGGAGAGCUUGGGAGAAGUCAUUGACCGCAUUGUCCGUGAGCAGGUACACCGGUUGGUGCUAGUGGAUGAGACCCAGCAUCUCCUGGGCGUGGUGUCCCUGUCCGACAUCCUUCAGGCGCUGGUGCUCAGCCCUGCUGGCCUGGACACCCUCAGUGCCUGAGAAGAUCCGAAUCCUCACACCCAGGCCGCCUUCCACAGCCGAAGCCAAUGAAGGGAGCCAGGGGGCUUGGCCUUCGUCUUUCCCCACACCCUUUAGCUGGUGCAGCUCUGGUUCAGGUUUCUCCAGCCCUCCCUAAUUGCCUUUGCCCUGCCUAUGCUCCCAGAAGCCCUCGGGAAUGCCCAGUGCAUUAUGGGAUGAUGAAAUUAAGGACGACAGCUGAGUCAAGCCUAGAGGUCCCUGAAUCAGAGGCACUGGAUUACCCCUGGGCUGACUGCUCCGUGUCCACCCACAACACUUUCCCCCACCUGGGUCGUGACUGGACCCAGUGGGGAGGCGAGCCCUCGGCCCAUGGGUUUAGUCUCUGGAUUCCUCGGCUUCUGGACUACUCUGCCACUCGUGUCCCAGCUCCUGGAAGUCCCAGCUGUUCUUCCUCCAUAGGAACCGCCGGAGUGGCUCUCACAACUUUGCCACUGCCCUCCUACUCUCCCUGCGCUGUCAUUCCCUGCUAGGGGCACCCUGGCGUAGCAGUUUUUUGUAGAGCUGCCCGUUGGAGAGGGGUUCUUCCUCCAUUCUUGUCCUCAGCUCUCACCAGCAGUGUUCUCAGUCCCCAGUGAUGGCCCUGUACUGAGAAAACUAAGGAUGAACGAUCGAGAAAACAAAAAGAAAAAGAACAACCCAUGAACUUACAUUUUAUACAUUUCACUCAGAAAAUGCUAGUCAUUUGACCUGAACUUGUGGCAAGAUCCCUGCACUUUCUGAAUUCAAAGACAAGAAGGAAAAUCUGUAAUUGGCAAGUGCUGCAAGUGGCGUUUCUUUUGUGCGUUUCUUUUUCAUCCUUUAUAACAAAAGCAUAAAGAAAAUAUUAGCUACUUACAUAGUAGGUACAAUUCACUCCAUAAACUCUAAUCUGCAAGAGACAUCACUCUAUUUUUCUAACACUGAAUGUAAUUUCUAUUAUGAAGCCCAUUUUACUAAGUGAUAGAAAUUAAUCUCGGUGAGUUUGGGGUUCCACUCAUCUUUUCCAGGAGUUAAGUUCAGUGAGGAGGGCAGGCUUUCAGUAGUGUAAGGCUUUGUUCCUCAGUUAGCGUCAUUCAUCCACGCCAGCACCUGCUAAAACAUCCCUGUUCCAUCUGGUUAUCACUUGGUUGGUCAUUGGUGGGCAUGGCCCCUGCUAGGUGGUCCCUCACUCCUUACCACAAAACCCCUUUGAACCUGCCUGCUCUUGGGGCAUGAACAUAUUCUAGCUCCUGGCCCUGUACCCUUCUGGGCUUCAGGAGAUCUGGGGGGCUGUCCCAAGCCCAUCUGCUGAGAUGGACAGCAAGUGGCCUAUUCUACUCUUGGCCUUGCUGUUUUCCCAGCCUCUACCCAGGAAACUUGGGGCCCAGGGUUCUACUAUCCUUAUUACCUCUGGGGUAUUUGUCAUUCUCUCCCCUUCUUCGGACACAGCUCCUUCUCAGAGACCCCAGAAAUGUCUGCACUCUUUACUUACCCAAUUCCCACCAGCCUGUGGAAUCUUUACCCGGAGGGAAAAGAGGGGUCUGUUUUCUUUAACCCAUCAUAUAUUCUCCCAAAUCCACCGUGUGUGUCUUGAGUUCUUGCUACCCACCUUGAGGGUCAGGCUUUUGAAAUUCCACAGCCAAGACCGAGCUUCUGCUGUCACCCCUCCCCCGUGGCCACGGACACUGCAGGUCUAGCUGUCCAGUGCGGAGAGGGAGGCUAAAAUGUUUCGAGUAUGCUCUGACCCCACUGACCUCACAGAACAGCAGCGUGGAGACACUCAUGCUUGAUGGGUCAGGCAGUAAACGAAGGCAUUUUCUCCUAGAGUCUCAGAUUCCAUGUCAGGUUUUGCUCUAACCCACCAGACAGGUGCUGGCUCGGCUCUGGCCCUACCUGGGAAAGUCCCCUGUCUUGGGCUCCAGUGGGAGGAUGGGAUGGGGGUGCCUGCUCACUCAAGUGACAGUGUCCUUGAUGAGCCUGGGGCAGGCUGCCUGUAGCUGCGCUGGCUCUAGGGAAAGUGCAGCAGGGUCAUCUUUGGGGGGCAGUGCCCUGUUGCUGUGUAUGACCCGAUCACCAGAGGUCACAGCACAGGCUUCAGGUGAAAGGGCAGCCCGAGGAAAGCGCCCUGACAGCAGAUAUGUGUCUCCCCUCCUGGGCCCACCAUCCUGAGGAUCUAGCAGUUCUUCCCCCAGGAAGAACUUUCUUUCAGUCAAAGGUGUAUCUUACUUGCUGAAUUAAUGUUUACUCUUCUGCAGUUAUGCUAGAUCCUACUGUUCUUCUUUCCUUAUAGAGUCAGGUUGGGGUGAGUUAUCCUGUGACAUCCCUACACUGUGGGAGCAGCCCAGAGUCUCUGAGACCCCAGACCCUGGACGUGUGCCCUGUCACUGGCCACUGCUGGGCUUUGUGCCAACCCUCAAACGAGAGCUGAUGCUUUUCACCCACCAGGGAGAAAGUUGCAAGGGAAAGACCCCAGCUAUUCCAUCACAUCCAUCCUAUAGCUGUCAUAUGUGUUUGAAGGGGUAACUGUCAAAGAAAGUAAUUUUUUUCAUUUACAUUAAAUAAGUCUUGUCCAGGCAUUGUGAUGGAAUCUAAACUGACUGAGACUGUUUUCAAUCCCCAAGAUAAG